ACAAAUUUCGGACGUCGACUUGUCGCGUCAGUGCGAGAUCGCUAGUCGACAACGGCGGCGAAUAUCCACGGUGUCCGAAGUUCUCGAGCGUGGUCGACACUGGACCCUUGGUCCCCUGGUGUGAGCGAGCCCGCGAGAGCGAGAGCAGCUGCGGAUUCUCGAGCCUUCGUUGGCGAUGGCGAAGAGUGUCUCGGUGGGCAUUGUGGGCCGCCGGGAGUUUUGAGCUUCUCCGAGCGUUGUAGCAUGCAUUGCAGAAGUGGCUGCUGAGCCGGACUUGGAGUAGACAGGCUCUGCCGAGAGUGAGCACAUUCGCGGAGACCACGCGCUCACAAAAUGGCGACUGCUCCGGGCGCUCUGUACGACUGGCCGUGGCAAAAGCUGGGGAGCUUCAAGUAUCUGCUGUUCGUGCCGUUUGUGGUGAAAGCGACACACGUGAAUGUUUUCGGAGGACACGAAGCCGAUAACUGGUGCUUGCACAUGUUGAUCAGCACGGCGCUGCGCUACUUGCAUGGACAAAUUUGGAUGUCGUUGUCCCGAUUCUACCAUCUCACCGAGAAGUAUCAAAUUCAGAAGAAGGGCAUCAAUUUUCAGCAGGUCGACAGAGAAAGCAACUGGGAUGACUUCACAAUUUUGCAGCUUAUUGUCAUCACAAUCGUUCAUAGCUAUAUUCCGGGCUUCAGCAACAUUCCGCUCUGGGACACUCGUGGCAUCAUUUAUCUCCUACUGCUACACGCCGGUCCAGCAGAAUUUAUAUACUACUGGGCACAUCGCGCCCUCCAUCAUCACUACUUGUAUACGAGAUACCACUCUCAUCACCAUGCUUCUUUCGUCACGGAGCCUAUAUCGGGCAAUGUUCAUCCCUUCGCUGAACAUAUUCUGUACACUGCAAUUUUUGCCGUACCCAUGCUUGGUUCAUGGGCUUUGGGAGGCGUGAGCAUGGGGAUGGUGUACUUUUACUGGCUCUGGUUCGACUUCAUGAACGCCAUUGGUCAUUGCAACUGGGAGUUCAUGCCACCGUGGGCUUUCAAGGCAUUUCCACCUCUGAAAUACCUCAUCUACACCCCAACGUAUCAUUCGCUGCACCACUCUCAAGUUCACACGAACUUUGCCCUUUUCAUGCCUCUUUACGAUUAUCUCGGCGGUACAGUUGACAAGAACUCGGAUUCUCUGUACGAGACCGUACGCAAAGGAAAUUCCAACAAACUAGAUUUCGUGUUUCUGGCCCACGGAACUGAACUCCUAUCGACGUUUCAUCUUCCCUUCGGGAUUGCAUCUUUCGCUGCCCGUCCAUACAAAGCCCAGUGGUACAUGUGGCCACUAUGGCCCCUGACCCUCCCAGUGAUGGCACUUCUCUGGGUCUUCGGUCAUCCAUUCGUUGCCGAUAAUUACCGUCUCGAUGAUCUCUUCACUCAAACCUGGGUCAUCCCCAGAUACGGUUUUCAGUAUUUUUUGAACUUCGAGAAGAAUCGCAUCAAUCGCCUGAUAGAAGAAGCGAUUUUGAAAGCCCAAGACAAAGGCUGCAAGGUCAUCAGCCUUGGGGCGCUGAACAAGAACGAGGCUUUGAAUGGAGGAGGAACGCUUUUUACUGAGAAACACCCGGACUUGAAGAUCCGUGUUGUACAUGGAAACACGUUGACCGCUGCCACAAUUCUAGACAAGAUUCCCAGGGAUGUGACUGAGAUUUUCCUGACAGGAGCAACGUCGAAGCUCGGCCGAGCUAUUGCCCUGUACCUCUGUCGACGUGGUGUACGCGUUCUGAUGUUGACGACAUCCAGGGAUCGUUUUGAAUCGAUUCUCCAUGAAGCUCCAGUCGACUGUCAGAGAUAUCUAGUUCAGGUUACCAAGUAUCAAGACGGGGCUGAUUGCAAGACUUGGGUGAUGGGCAAGUGGGCCACUCCAAAGCAACAGAGCUACGCACCUUCUGGCACGCACUUCCAUCAGUUCGUGGUCCCUCCGCUGGAACCAGCCCGCAAGGACUGCACAUACGGCACCCUAGCAGCGAUGCAAUUGCCCAAAGCAAUGAGAGGAUUGAGGACCUGCGAGAUGACAAUGCCGAGAGGAUGCGUGCAUGCUUGUCACGCUGGUGGGUUGGUGCACGCUUUAGAAGGCUGGACGCAUCAUGAAGUAGGAGCAAUAGAUGUGGAGCGUAUAGACUUGACAUGGAAAGCCGCGAUGAAGCACGGCUUCUUCCCCGUAGACUAGAAAUAAAUGUGUCCAGAUUAAUGUCGCCAGAUAUAAAUGUAAAAAGCAUGUGCACUGAGUUACUGCCGACUUAACCUCAUGACAUCCGGCCAUGACGAGGCGAGCACGGUGAUCCUGAAUGUAGACAUCGUAUGUUGGAUCUGCAAAGUAAGGUUAACAUCUUUUUACUCGCUAAAACUCUCAUCCGUCUUCUGUACACCAUACUUUGAGUCCGAGCACCAGGUAUUGUGUGUACAUCCUGACGGGGAGCAAAUUUUAAUCUACUCAUGAAAAUAAAGCAUUCAUGUUUG